AUGUUGGCUAGGAAGGCGCUCGAAACUGCGCGCGUGCUGUUCCUAGGAGAGUUACAGAUGCCGGAUAGAGAUAGUGUGCGCAUGGUCGAGGGUUGUUGACGGAGUAUUGAGGGUUGGGCGGUGUACUGGUUGGAAGUGGUAAUCGUGCUCUGGGGGAUGUGGGUAGGGUGGCGGGGUCCGGAGGGCAUCCGGAGUUUGAAAGGUUCGUGGAGGUGCUUGGACAGAGGUGUCAGGUUUUACAAUGGACAGGGGGAGGAUUGGAGGAAGGAGCGGAAGGAGAAAUCGUGGAGGGUUGGGUUUGGGUCGUCUCGUGAUUCGCCCCCGGGUGAAGGUGGAGAUGGGAGGCAGUAAUGCUUAUUAGAGAGCGGAGAGAAGGCUGACGGAAGGUGGGAUGAAUUGAUAGGUUCUGCCAUCACAACUGCUCCAGCCGGGGAAUUAUGAUAGUGCCCUAGAAUGGCCGGUGGACGCCAGAAACCCUGACGGUCUUCUCUCGCCCCAUUCCCGUCCCCAAAGUCCAAAACGGAACAGCAGUGUUCUUCUCUGAUCUCCUCUCGGAAAGCCUUGGCCUAGAAGACAUCGCUCUAACAUCUACCUUCCACAACCUCUUCGUCUGCGCUGUCCCGCCACUAAACCCUUCCCUAAAAAACGAAGCGAAAAGGCUCAUUUCCCUCCUCAACGCGGUCUACAUACGAAUCCAGUGUCCGCCCCCGCUUGCAUUUACAUACCCCAUUGAGGAGCUAUUCUUCCACACUCCCACCUCUACCGCUUCACCGAAUGGUGAGACGGAAUGGGAUAUUUCCGGUGACUCGGCCCCCCUUCUCAGCGAAAAAUUCAGUGAAACCUACCAAUACAGCACGCUCCCGCUCCGCUCUAACAUUGCGUCAAGUUAUAUUCCCCAGGCGCAGGAAUCGGUGCAAAAAAUGAACUUUGCAAACGCGGAAGCGUUUACCGGAACGGUUGAGCUGUUUCCAGCGGAAAGGGCGGAGAGGUCUGCGGCGAUGCUUGGUGGAAAGGGGUUGUUUGGAAGCCCGGGGGGACAAAAAGGGCCGGGUGGGAUAAUGGAUAAGGGCCUGUUUGGCGGGAACGGAAGGCGGCUCGACCAUUCUGUUCAUUGAUGAUUUUACCUGGGGAAAUGGUUGUCUUGGCAUCUUCAAAACAGAAGGUAACGGUCGUUUGUGUGGGGGAACCGAACCGCCGUAUCCAAACAGGCCCUAAGAGGAAGAAGAGGGGUGAUGGGAGAGAUGGUGUUUGGUUUAGUCCUUAUAGGAGGAGUGCAGUUGUCCCACCGGGGUUCGGGAUGGAGCGUUUCUGGGCCUGGUUAGGUGGGGAAAGGGGGCGGGGGAGUAGGGUAAGGGGGUCGAGGCGGGCGGGGGGAACGGGAAGGAAAGCGGUGAUUGAUGAGGUAUAA